UCAAUACAACUACAAGAACAAGCAAACCACUCGAUCUACAAACAAUCCAUCCAACCAGUGCUCGCAUAGAUACACAGCAGAAAUACUAGUCCACUAGGCAACUCAAACCAUCCCUGCAACCGAUCUGGCUGCCUUGAGUCACACCUACACUAUAUAUCCAUCUUCCUCCCCACCACACAUCAAAAUGUCUGCCUCAGCAUCACUCCUCCGACAAGCUACCAAGAAGAGCAUGUCUAUCACUCAGACCUACUACCUGGCCCACAAGGCCCGAGCAAAGCUCUCUCGCGAGGCUGCUCAACCCGAUCACGAUCUCCGUCUCUUGGUCGGACACGCCAACCUCCUCGACUCUCUGAUGCUUGAGCUUGCCGAGGCCGAGCGGGAGCAGGAGCGGUGGUUCAACCAGUCUGUCCGCAACACCAAGACCUCCGGAUCCAACAACAACCGACACAUCCAGUGGGCCGACCGGAUCGAGGAGGAGGCCGUCGACGAAGAGUACGACUCCGACUCCUCUUCCGAUUCUGACGACGAGUCCGACUACGACGAGAUGGAGAUGACCAACACCCGAACCACCAUCAUCCCCACCUCCACAGUCAAGGUUGUCGAGGAUGAGAUCAUGGGAGACGACGAUCUCGAGGAGGACUACGCUCAGCUCGAGCUUGUCCGCACUCCUUCACACUCAAACUCCCCUCCGGAGCUGAUCGACCACGACUCCGAAUCUUCAGAUGACGAGGCUAUGCCUCCAUCGCCUGCCGAUGCCGAGCUGCCUCUGCCCGCCAAGACAGAAGAGAGCGAAGAAUCAUAUUACCAAGAAGAGGAUUUCUACCUGGGCCAGCGAACACCCGCGGGCCUGGUGUCGGCAAUCUCAGUCUACUGAUCGACAUCGAUCCUUCUUCUUGUACUACUAUGUAAUUGAUUCUUUAGCAUUAGCGAUGGCAUGGCUUUGGCAAGGCGUUCUGAUUUAUUCAUCAUGAUACCCCAAGAGGGAAUAUAAAAAGGCACACGGCGUUUACUUUCUUUCAUUUGUUCUACUACCACUAUACACCAUUAGAGAUCACAGCUCAACGUCUUAUUUCAUACAAUGUCAUGGCAAUGCGAGGAUGGGUUUUUUUCAUGUGGAGGAAUGACAAGGUACAUGGGUACACAUUGGUGGGCCGCUCCCUGGAACUGGUCUUCCUUUGGUCGAGUGGACCACGAGUUAGUAGCAAUGGGAAAAAUCGAAUAGCGAUUUCCCAAUUACAGAAUAAAAAAACUGUUACAAACUCAUCUACAUUGCCUCUUCUCUACUCUG